AAGGAAUUUUCUAAGGAGCUCAAUUGCAGAACCGAAGCUGCUUUACUUUCAUGAAUCAAUCUAUGCUUCGAUCUCCUUCUAUUUCAAUCUCAUUCUCUCCUAAUCUCACUUUGUUCCCCUGCUUCUCCGAUCCUGCUACUAACAAAUCUAAAUUAGAUGAACAUUUCAAAAACUAUAGCAAGAUAGAUUGUAUCUCCACCGUAUACUAUAAAAUUCCAACAGCCGAUGACUCUGCUUCCGAGAAAAUUGAAAUUCCUCGAGAAUGUUCACUGGUGCAACUACCUCUGAAUUCUAGUGGAGACUCGGGUGAUUUGUUCAAUAUGAUAACUGCUAACUUUAGUCUAGAAUGGACUGUUUCUGAAGAAUGCCUUAGUUGUUUCCAUGGAGGAGGCCAGUGUCUUACUGCCAACAAUAACCAAUUCCACUGCAGGAAAGAUACGUCGUCUACUGCUGCAGUUUAGUGUUGUAGGCCUCAACAUCUGUAGUCUGUUAUGUCAGUCUUUCAUGAUGUGGAAAACAGCAAUCUCUUAGAUCCUGUCUAUAUUGCGCUUAGUCUUGUCAUCAUCAUUGCUUUUGUUUUCUUUAAAAAGAUUAGUUUUCUGCUAUUUCGCCUGAAGUGUUUAUUUUGUUUGCAAGAAACGCGAGUUUUAAAACGAUUCUUCUCAUAGGUGGUAUCACCAUAACCGCUCUUACAUCCUUUUUGAUAAUUAUAUUCGUUUUUAUUCGGAGGAAGCGUGCAAAGGCAAAACAAGAGCAGGAUAGAGACAUUGAACUCUUUCUCAAGAACAAUGGAAAUCUUGCACCAAUGAGAUACAAAUACUCUAGUAUCAAGAAAAUGACAAACUCAUUUACUGAAAACUUGGGAAGAGGAGGGUUUGGCAGUGUCUACAAAGGACACUUUCCCGAUGGUCAUCUUGUGGCAGUGAAGGUCUUGAAUGAAUCUAAUGAAAAUGGGGAAGAUUUCAUGAAUGAGGUUGCCAGUAUUAGCAGAACUUCCCAUAUUAAUAUUGUCACGCUUUUAGGAUUUUGUUUUGAAGGUUCUAAAAGAGCUCUCAUUUAUGAUUUCAUGCCUAAUGGAUCUCUUGAAAAGUUCGUUUGCAACAAUGCUCCGUCAUCUGCAGAAUCUCGGUUGGAGUGGGAUAAGUUGUUUGAGAUUGCACUUGGCAUUGCUCGAGGGCUAGAGUACUUGCAUCAAGGCUGCAAUACGAGGAUUCUUCAUUUGGACAUUAAGCCUCAGAACAUUCUUCUAGAUAAGGAUAUGAAUCCAAGAAUUUCAGAUUUUGGGCUUGCUAAAUUGUGUCCAAACAGAUCGAGCAUAGUCUCUAUAAUGGUGGCAAGAGGCACAAUAGGGUACAUUGCCCCUGAAGUAUUUUCUAGAAACUUCGGGGAAGUCUCUUACAAGUGUGAUGUGUAUAGCUAUGGUAUGUUGGUGUUGGAAAUGGUUGGAGGAAGGAGAAACAUUGAUCGAAGAGAAGUAGAUCGUACGAGUGAAAUAUAUUUCCCACAUUACCUCUACAAGCAGGUUGAGAUGAAUGCAGAAAGACAUGGAAAUCUUGCUGGAAAUUUCAAUGAAGAAGAUGAAAGCCAGCUUGUAAAGAGAAACUUGAUCAUUGUUGGGUUAUGGUGCGUUCAGACAAACCCUAAGGAUCGACCGUCGAUGACGAGGGUGGUAGAGAUGUUGGAGGGGAAACUUGGAUCAUUGGAGAUUCCACCCAAACCUUACCUUUACUCUCCACCAAGAGCAGCACCAAGCUAUUCAACUUCUGAAUCUCUGUAGUAAUUUGCUUGAAUUUGUAUGUUAAAAGUGAAGCUUUAUGUUUUAUAUGCUUUGAAUUGCAUUGGCCUUGUUGAAAAGAAGUGUGGGUGUUAGAAUAGCUGUGAAGAAUUUAUAUGUCCAUAAUUAAUUUAUUUCCAGCA